UCUGCAGCAACGCCCAACCUUACUUAUUUGCUUGUUAGCCAUCUCUGAUCAUCACCACAACCUUUCUUUCAUUCAUCUUUCAAUCUCCAUGGAUAAAGAAAAGGAAUUAGCAGAAGAAGAAGCUUACAAGUUUCUCAAGAUUGUUCCCAACCCUGAUGGAUCACUCACCAGACAAAACCCUAUUCCCACUGUACCUUACACCCCAUCUGAAGACGAUCAGCUCGCCCUUUUCAAAGACGUUCCUCUCAACACCUCCACCGGCACCUUCAUCCGCCUCUUCCGGCCGCCGCCGCCUGCGGCGGCGUCCACCGCCAAGCUUCCUCUCAUCAUAUACUUUCACGGCGGCGGAUUCAUACUGUUCAGUGUGAGUUCCGUCAUUUUUCACGACUCCAGAAUCCGAUUGGCGGCUGAGGUUCCCGCCGUGAUCGCGUCGGUGGAGUACCGCCUGGCGCCGGAGCACCGCCUCCCGGCCGCCUAUGACGACGCCAUGGACGCCGUCAUGUGGGCCUGCGACCAGGCGUUGGGCGCGGAAAAUGGGAGCUGCGAUCCGUGGCUGAAGGAUCGAGUCGACUUCUCUAGAACAUUCCUGAUGGGCAGUAGCGCCGGCGGGAACAUCGUCGCCCACGCGGCUCUGCGCGCGUCUGACCACGAUCUCUCGCCGCUGAACAUCGAAGGGCUGAUUCUGAAUCAGCCCUACUUCGGUGGGGUCCAGCGGACAGAAUCUGAGCUACGACUGGUCAACGACAAGAUCGUGCCGUUACAUGCUAACGAUCUCAUGUGGUCGUUGGCAUUGCCUAAGGGUGCAAACCGCGACCACGAGUAUUCUAAUCCGUUGAUCGCUGGGUCCCCGCUGAUCGAGAAGAUCGGACGGCUGCCAAGGAGUUUAGUGAGAGGGUACGCGGGGGACCCACUGGUGGACAGGCAGAAGGAAUUUGCCCGGUGUUUGGAGGAGCAUGGUGUUAAGGUGGUGCCGCAAUUUCUGGACACAGGGCAUCAUGCUAUCGAGAUAUUUGAUCCCCAGAGUGCUGAAGCUUUGUAUGUUGCCGUCAAGAAUUUCAUUCACUGCUCUGAGAUUGAAGGCAUUGGUAAUGGGGGGACUAAAUCAGCAAUUUGAAUUUGUUUGAAUUGGAGCAAUCUAUAUAUUGCCUUCACUGAAUUACCAAAAAUUAUUGUAUCCAAUAAAUGAAUAAAUAAAUAUUAAUUUUCAAUACUUUUACUAAA